CGUUUGUUGUGUUCUUUUCUUGAACUACCUAAUUAAAAAAUCUUAAUUGUUUUUUAAAAUUUAUAAAAAAGUUAUUAUUUUAUUGUUUUUUGUGCAUUUUUUUUAUAUUAUUACAUAAUAUUAAAAUGUUUAUACUGGCAUUAAUGUCGACUUUAAUUUUAAUAUUAUCGAAGGUAUUACCACAUGAUCCACAAAUGAGUGAUCAGGAAAUAGAAAAGAUACUUGAAGAAAUAUUUGGACCGCCACAUUUUGUAGUAGAAAAUGAAACAAGUAGAACAACGGUCAAACCAGAAAUAUAUUACUAUAAUGAUCGAAAUAAUUAUGUUAUGACAAAUUCAAUGAUUGGACCACAUAGAAAUCAGUUACAUGCAAAUAAAUUAAUUCCACAAAAUUUAAAGUAUUUUGAAGAACUGGUUUCGAACUAUGUUAAACGCUAUAGUAAAUUUCAUGGUGAACAUGAAAGUAACACAGAUUCAGUUGUUGGAACGUGUAAAUGUAUUCCAAACCACGAAUGCAAUAAGCAAGCUUUUAUUAAAAUGCCAAAUCCCAAUAUAUGUUUUGCACCAGAUGACAUAAUUUGCUGUGAAUUUGUAGCUGAGUAUAAUUACGGUGACAUUCGACAAAAAACCAGGUCCGCUUCGAUAAUGAAACCAGUAAGAUCUGCUUCUUCAAAAAAUUUAAAAACUGGUGAUGUUAAAUUGGCUCAUGAUGCUUCAAAUAUAGUUCAGAUCGAGACAAAUGGGAAAGACUCAUUUGCAAGAUGUGGCCAAAGACUCUAUAAGGGUUUACAUUAUGAAAGCUUAAAUGGAACUAUAGCUAAAGCAAAUUCAACAUAUCAAGCCAAAUUUGGUGAAUUUCCUUGGAUGGUUGCAAUUUUACUUCAACAUGUUUUAAAUAAUGAGGAAGUCAAUGUGUUCCAAUGUGGUGGUUCUUUAAUUCACCCUCAAGUCGUUUUAACUGCUGCUCAUUGCGUUGAAGUAAAAUGGCAUGAUGCGAAGCUAAAAAUACGUACAGGUGAAUGGAAUGUAACGAUCGAAAACAUUUCAUACCCACGCCAGGAUCGUUUAGUGAAAAGUAUCGCCAUACAUCCUAAAUACAAUCGUUUGACGAAAUUUAAUGAUAUUGCAGUAUUAAUUCUAAAAAAUCCUGUGGAACUUAACGAAUAUGUUAUGCCAAUAUGUUUACCUACGGGCCCAUAUCGUACACAGGAUUAUGAAAAUGAUUGCUUACUAACUGGAUGGGGUAAAACGAGUUUAGAAUCAAAAUAUUCAGAGGUUUUGAAAUAUAUACCAUUAUCGCUGAUAUCCACAGACAAAUGUUUAAAAAAACUAAGAGAACAAGUUGGUGGCCGGGGAGAAAAAUUGCAUAACAGUUUCUUGUGUACAAAUAAGAAAAAGGAAUUGGACCAAUGUGAAGGGGACGAUGGUGGACCAUUGGUUUGUAGGCAAAACAAUGGAAGAUAUGUUCAAAUCGGAAUUGCAAUUUGGAACCAUAACUGUGGAGCCGAUAAAACACCUUCAUUAGUUACAGAUGUCGCAACAUUUUUGCCGUGGAUUCAGGAUAUUCUUAGCGAGUUUUUCCGUUGUUAUAUUUUAGGUACCAUGAACAGCUUUAAUGUAUUUCUAUUCCAAAUUUUCAUGUGUAUGCAAUUGUUAAUUCAUGAAGAAUAUGGACAAAAGAUUGGAAACUCUACACACCGAUUAGUUGGUUAUUGUAGAUGUAUAAAAGAACGUGCAGAAUGUGGCCCUAAUUCAGUACUUGAAGUAGUGAAUCACGAAUUUUGUCCCAUACCAGAUGAAAUAGUGUGCUGCGGAGACGAUCCAACAUUACCCAGAAGAAUGUCUUUAAAAAAUACACGUGGAACUGACGCACAAGCUAACGAAAAACCCUUACCAAAAUGUGGCUCUCGUGCUUACGAUGAUCAUAUUGCACGAUCAUCAACACAUUACUUUUCACAAUUUCCAUGGAUGGUUACAAUUGCUGUUGAUUCCGAAUAUGAUCCAUUGUCGUCUGCCACAUGUGGUGGAUCGAUAAUUCAUCCUCGUGUAAUUUUAACAGCCGCAAGUUGUUUUAAAAAGAAUGUUGAUUUUGCAACUCUUGAAGUUCGAGCUGACGAAUGGAAUAGUAAAUAUGAUCGAGAUUUUAAUCAAAUGCGUCGUGUAAAUUUUGGAAUAACACAUCCAGAUUAUAAAUCUACGGGACAUAGUGAUCUUGCUCUACUUAUUUUGGAAGGUGAUUUAAAAUUUACAACAAAUGUUAAUAGCGUAUGUCUUGCCAAAAAUAUGCAAGCACUUAGUGAUGUUAAUAAUUUGUUAAUGGGUGGUUGGGCCUCCAAUUCCAUUGGAGUGUAUCCAAAUACAUUAAAAAAUUAUGAUAUAGCGCUUAUGUCACGAGAUAGAUGCCUGAAAAAGUUGAAGAUAUUUGGUGUAGAAAAGAAACGUUUGCAUAAAAGUUUUCUGUGUGGCAUUAAACGUAACAAUAGUCCUCAAGAAUUUUGUAAUGGUGAGGAUGGUGGUGCCUUAGUUGGUCAACAAAAUGGUGUUUUUAUUCAAAUUGGCAUUACAGCAUGGAAUCUUAAUUGUGGAGCAUAUGGUGCUCCAUAUGUAUUUACGGAUGUUACAGAAUAUCUUGAUUGGAUUAAGCAGGAGUUGAGUUUUAUAAAUAUAGAUUUGGAAACUUACCUAUAAUGAUCGGGUACGGAACGGAAUACGAUCGCAGCCUGUGGAAUAGCAUAUUA